CCCUCUAUAAAUCUCUGUACACCAGCCUGCUGUCCUGGAAGGACAGGGAAAGACCUCUGCCCCUCUGGGAUCCUUCAGCCUCCCCAGCUCAGUGUGCAGAAGACCAAGGCCUGACCCAGCAGGGAGCCUAGAACCAGGGGGAAUGGUCGCUGGGAGCCGAAGACCCCCAGCCCAGGGUUCUACACUGUGGUCGGCUCCCCAAGUCUGUGAGCUCCAGGAGAGCAGGGGAUGUUUUUCUAUAAAAGGGCUGCCAGUUCCCAAAGAAGAUUUGAUCUCUUAUUUGGAAGAAAAGGAAGCACCAUGGCUGCUGGAGCAAGAAGGCCUGAAGAGCUGUUGUCCAGAAAGAGAGAUUAGACCUGAAAUGAAAGAGACUACUGGAAAGUUAAGCAUUUCUGUGAAACAAACUCACAAGGAAAACUUCAUGAGUGAUGGUUCUUGCAACUUCAGUGGGAGACAAAUAUGUGCUGUACUUCACAGAAUCCACACAGGAGAGAAAUGUUACAAUUGUCAUCAUUAUAGGAAAGAACCCAGUAAACAGGCAUCCCUUAUCUACCACCAAAAAAUUAAUACUAGAAAGAAACCACAUGAGUGUCAAGAAUGUGGUGAAGCUUUUAGUGAACGUUCAACCUUCAUUAUACAUCAGAGAAUCCACACUGGACAGAAACCUUAUGAAUGUGAUCAACGUGGAAAGGCUUUCACACAGAGCUCCAGUCUUGCUGCAUAUUAGAGAAUUCACACUGGAGAGAAACGGUAUGAACGUAAUUAAUGUGAAAGAGCUUUCAGACUGAAGUCCAAACGUACUGUACUUCAGAGAAUCCAUACUGGAGAGAAAACUUAUGAGUGUUUGGACUGUGAUAAAAUUUUUGUGUACACCAUCUCCUUACCAAGCAAAUCUAAUCAAUGUAAAGUAUAAGAGACAUAAUUUCUUUCGGUAAUUGUUUCAUUAAUUAUAGCUAGUGAACAUUUAAUAACAUGAUGAUCAUUUAGGUAUGCUUCGUAAAGCAAAGCUGAAUCAUGGGGCUUAUGCAUGCUUAUGUGACCCUAGAUAAGUGGGAGUUACCAACAGGUAUAAAUAAAUUCUAUGAAACUAAUGAAAUUCCACCUAGAGUAAUAUGUAUACCAGUUAUACCUUUGACCCAACUCAGGCUCAACAGACUCCAGCUUUGAUUCAAAAUGCCACCCCUUCAUUGAGUAGAAUUGAUAUUAUCAGAUCUUGGAAUGCAG